CGGGCAGGAAAAAACAAGCGAGCCACCCGCACCAGCCAAGCUAGAAGGGAGCACCAAGAAGAUUUACCAUGGCUGACGUCGCUGAGAAGCAGGAACUGCCGCCCGUGGGCGAAGCCGGCGUGGCCCCGCCCGCCGUGCCUGAGGAUGUGGCCGCCAUGUUCGAUCUGAAGAAAAAGAAGAAAAAAUCAAAGAAGGUCAAGAAGGAGAAGAAGGAAAAGACUGAAGACGCCGAUGCCGCCGCAGAUGCCACACCCGACGCCAGCUCGGUGUUGGUUCAGGACCCCGCGACGUACUCGUACAAGGACGAGCUUUUGGCGCGUAUCAUGGCCAAACUGCACGAGAACAACCCGGAACUGACGGACCGCAAGCGACACACGAUGAAGCCGCCGCAGCUCAUGCGUGUGGGUACCAAGAAGACACUGUGGGUGAACUUCCAGGAGAUCUGCCAGAUGAUGCACCGUUCGCCCGAGCACGUGCUGCAGUUCACUUUGGCUGAGUUGGGUACGGAGGGAUCUAUCGACGGCAACCAGCGUCUCGUCAUUCGCGGUCGCUACGUGCCCAAGUACAUCGAAUCGCUGCUGCGUAAGUACAUUACGGAGUACGUCUCGUGCCAGAUGUGCCGCUCGCCCAACACGACGCUCACGCGCGACUCGGUCAGUCGUUUGUACUUUGUGCACUGCCAAGACUGCGGCUCGUCUCGAUCUGUGGCUGCCAUUCGCUCGGGUUUCCACGCCGCUACUCGUGCCGACAGAAGGGCUGCCCGCAAGUAAAGACUGCUGUCUGUAAGCGCAGUCGCGUAGGACGCUCAGUGUGGACAAGGGUAGAGCAAGAAACUGGACACUCCGACGCUAUGACGUUUUAGAAUUUCUCUGUUCGUCACGGCUAGAGCUGCUCUCGUGGGCUUAG